AUGUCAGCUCACGAUUUUCAGAAGCAGCUGCGUACUAAACGAGUUGAACAAAAAUAUCAAUCUAACUUCCGAUGGAAUCCUCACGUUCCGAUCCAGACCAAAUAUAGACUCACCCACGGAUUCUAUCAAAUCCAAAAAGACACCCCUGUCAAAGUGUCAUUCUACAACUUUGCCUUCUCAUGCGUUCGAAAUGGAAUCGUGGAAUUCCUAAAGCCAUUUGUUAACUUUGCAAUGAUUCCAAAUAACCCGCACCCCGAGUCAAUUGCCGUCAUCUUUCUCCCAUCUAUCAAUCAUAAACUCUUUAUGAAAAAAAUGGCGCAGAGCAAAAAAUUCAUGAAGGAUAAUCAAUUCAACUUUGCACAAAUUAUGAACAAAAAAGAACCAAAACCUCUCAAUGACUUGCUCCUUCAACUGGGGAUUAAUAGUGAGACACAAAAUGUGUUUCGAAAAGCGAAAGAGUUCAAUUUCACCACAUUUUUUUCGGGACCACAACAGAUUCGAGAUCUGAUAGAAGCGGAUUUCGAUACAACGGAUCAUCGGAAUUUCAUCUCGCAAUUUUUGAUAGAUGGGAACUUUUGUUUGAAGGAUGGGAGGAAACUAGUCAACGACCAACUGGAAAAAAUGAGCGCCUUCCUCUCCUCUACCAGCAACUCCAAAGUGUUCUCCACACUAUUCCUAGAUGACUACGGUACUCAUAAAAGUUCUAUUGAUCAUGACUUAAGUGAAAUGCUCACCACUUUGAAUCACUCGCGGAUUUUUGAGAACACUACAUUGAUUGUCACUUCUUAUGAUUUAUCUGAUAAGGAUGUCACAAACGAGAAUGACAAGUACCCACUGUUUGCAGUGAGAUUGUCGGAUAAGUUUAUGAAAACUUACAGCGGGAAGCACUAUUUCAUGAAGAUGAAUUUCAAUAGACUCCUCUCAUCUCUCCAUUUCAACAACAUGCUUAUCGAACUAAUCAACCCGAACGAAAAACUUAACAGCACCCCGUUCAUAGUCCAACCAACAUGGAGGAACUGUGUAUCUGAGGGAAUCUCAGAGUUCUCAUGUAUUUGUAUGAAUAUGAAUCUCUCGUCUGGCUAUCCUGAAGAUUCCGAGAAGCAUUUCGUGAGCACUUUAAGAGAAAAGUUUACAAAAGAGGUGAAACGUCACAAGUGUGUAAAGUCAUUCGAAAUUGAGGACUACAAUUUUUUCUAUGACUAUUCCAUCAAUACCAAAAACGAGAUUCGAGGGGUGGAGCUUACAGGUUUCGUAAAUAUAACAGGACUGUCUGGCGAGAAAAGAUUAAUGCUGAAGAAGAUGUUCACAUUCAAACGAAAUUUCGAAUCGUUUCAAAGUUUUGACACGGCAAGAGUGAUAGUCGGACAUGAAGUCAAUAUUGGUAUAGCAAGGUGA